AUGCACUGUUUGACGAGUACCGUGCUAGCCACCUUUAUCCCCGAGAUUGUUUUGUCGUGGAUACCGCGUGCAUUCCAUAUUGGCUUCAUGAUCGCUCAGCCUUACCUCGUCAAGAUAACGCUGAAUUAUAUCAUGAACCAUAAUGCGUUACCAGUCAGCUAUGGCUACGGAUUAAUUGGAGCUUUCGGAUUUGUUUACAUUGGUAUUGCGAUCUCAUCACAAAUGUUCAACUUUUUGUGUUUCCGGUUGAUGGUCAAGAUGCGCGGUGCCUUAGUCGGCAUAAUCUACCGCGAUAUGUUGGCUGUUCGAGCAGAGAGCAAGAACUCGGCCUCUGCAAUGACUCUAAUGAGUACUGACGUUGACCGGAUUACUAUGACGGCUCGGUGGGUCGUUGACAUAAUCCCGAAUUUGGUUCAAAUUGGUCUUGCCAUGUGGAUUCUCGGUUUGCAGCUUGGCGCGGUCUGUAUCGCGCCUCUUGUAGUUGCACUGUUGUGUGUAUCUGCAGGAAUGGCUAAAAUUAUACCUGUACGCCAACGGAGAUGGAUAGCAGCUAUUCAGAAGCGAGUUGGUAUAACAUCAGACCUGCUUGCUGUAAUGAAAGGGGUCAAAAUGAUGGGCAUAAGUGGUCCAAUCUCCAAGCAGAUUCAGGAUCUGAGAGACUUUGAGAUAUCCGAGUCCAAGAAGUUCCGAAAACUUCAAAUCGCGGUGAUUUCAUUUAAUAUUGUUCCUCUGAUGUCAAUGUCAGCUGUUACUUUUACGGUUUUUGCAAUUGUCGCAAAAGUGUCCGGAAGUGGAACUCUGGGCAUCUCACAAGCUUUUACUUCGCUUAGUCUCCUGGGGAUAUUGAUUAUGCCUGUUGCGCUUCUUGUGUCAGCUUUGGGUAACAUUUUCCAAGCAAUGGCUUGCUUAGACAGGAUUCAAGAUUUCUUGCUCUUAGAGAAGAGAACUGAUUAUAGGAGCACAGGCUCGUCUCUAAUUUUAAAUUCGGCCAGCAAUGAGGGUCGUUUCCCGUCGGCAGAGAAAUUAAACCCCGAGCUGAAUGGCGCUGUAAUUUUACUGAAAGAAGCAACUUUUGGUUGGGACAGGGGUCCAGAGAGCAUAGUACUGAAAGACAUUAAUGUUAGGAUCCAGCCUUCGCAAUUGACCCUCAUUGUGGGUCCUAUAGCAAGCGGUAAGAGUACGCUGCUGAAAAGUAUUCUGGGAGAGGUCUAUCUUCAUCGUGGUAUGGUUCACGUAACAGAUAUAGGCGACAUAGCCUACUGCGACCAAGAUUCAUGGAUAUUGAACCAGUCCAUUCGAGAAAAUAUUAUUGCCUUCUCGGAGUAUGAAGAAGGCUUCUACAAGACUGUUAUCAAAGCGUGUCAGCUACAAGAAGAUCUAAGCCAUCUCCCCAAAGGUGAUCUCUCGAACGUUGGAAGCCAAGGAAUUUCUCUUAGUGGCGGCCAAAAACAGCGAAUUGCAUUAGCAAGAGCCGUAUACAGCCGGAAGCGGAUAAUACUCAUGGACGAUACCAUGAAAGGAUUGGACGCAGAUACUUCGAGCAAAUGCUUCCAGGCACUAUUUGGACCACAGGGACUUUUGCGACGAAAUCGAACUGCAGUAAUCAUGGCAACACAUAAUGCUCAAUGGUUUCCGAGUGCCGAUUUUCUCAUCGUGCUCAAUGUCGAAGGUUGCAGGGCGAACUGCGGGUCUUUUUCAGACCUUCGUGGCUCAGAUGAGUACAUUAGAAGUCUUGAGCCAUCCUACAAACAAAAUGAUGUUGGAGAUGCUGAGCAAGAUGAUGCGUCGGCGUCGGACAGUCUUGAUAUGAAGCCGAGAUCGCCUGUAGAGAACUCGAAUCAAGAGGAAUCUCUUUCGAAACCGGCAUCAAUUACUCACAAAAAAAAGGAAAAGAGCCGAGGCAAUCUGAAUAGCUCCUUACCGUACUACAUCAAGUCUCUUUGGAACGCCACAUUCACGAUAUUUGUUGCGCUCAUGAUUAUUCAGACUGGCUUUCAGGUUAUUCAACCACUGUGGCUCAACUUUUGGACAGCGGCCAAUGCUAAAAACGCGCGAGAAGACCCUGGGAAAUGGGUGGGUAUUUAUGUUUUAUUCUCGGUUUUGAACGUUGGUGGCAUGAUCGCACAAUUUUCGCUUUUUCUUCUUCGCAUUGUUCCAGCAUCCGCAAAACAUCUUCAUAUGAGUAUUCUCGAGGCUACUAUCCGUGCCCCCAUGUCUUACUUCGUGGCAACAGAUGUAGGUCAGCUAGUAAAUCGAUUCAGUCAGGACAUGACUCUAGUGGACUUCCCUCUACCCAUUGCAUUGAUGCAAACCACCGAGAUGUUUAUCACUGUGAUCGGCCAGAUCAUUUUAACAUGCGUCUCCUCUGGUUAUCUCGCCGUCGUCAUACCCGCGCUCUUCCUAGUUGUGUUCUAUGUGCAGCGUUUCUAUCUGCGUACGUCUCGACAACUACGUCUGUUAGAUCUCGAGUCUAAGUCUCCGCUUUAUUCGUUUUUUAUUUCAUCGUUCUCGGGUCUCACAACGAUUCGGGCCUACUCGUGGGCGGAUAAGUCCUAUUUCGAGCACAUUCGAAACUUGGAUACCUCUCAGCGUCCGUUUUACCUGUUGUAUUGCAUUCAGCGAUGGCUUAUGCUGGUACUUAACCUCAUUGUGGCCGGAUUGGGCGUGCUACUUGUCGGAGUUUCCGUGGCACUCAGAGACAAAGUCGAGCCAGGCCUACUUGGUGUCGCACUAACUAACGUGACAAGUUUCGGUAUGACGAUAACGCAGCUUAUCAUCGAUUGGACCGAUCUGGAAACUUCACUUGGCGCGAUCACCAGGAUCAGGGAAUUCAUCGCCGAGACCCCUAAAGAGAACGAAGGGGUGGAAAACCCGCCUGAAGACUGGCCGUCCUAUGGUGCAAUCACCAUAACUAGACUCACUGCAAAGUUUGGCGACCACACUGUGCUAGACAAUAUCAGUCUCGACAUUCAAGCUGGUACAAAGGUUGCCAUUUGUGGUCGUACUGGUUCUGGAAAGAGCACUUUGCUUUCCCUUCUACUUCGUCUGUACGACCCCGUUGCCGGCACUAUUACCAUUGACGGACUGGAUACAAACGAUCUAAAGGUUGACGCACUGCGCGAGGCUAUAGUAGCUCUACCACAGGAUCCAUUACUGUUAGCUGGGACUGUGCGGUACAAUCUGGAUCCCGCGUCCCAUGCAAAUGAUGAAGAUAUCCUACUUGCCCUAGAAAAGACCGGCCUCCGUACUAUGCUUGAGGGAAAAGGUGGACUUGACGCGGAGUUCAAAACCGAAUGGCUUAGUUCGGGGCAGAAACAGCUCUUCUGUCUUGCAAGAGCCAUGCUGAGAAGGAGUAAAAUCCUAUUGCUCGAUGAGGCAACAAGCAGUCUGGAUCAUCAGACCGACGAAGUAAUACAGAAACUCAUCCGAACAGAGUUUGCAGGUUGGACAUUGGUCGUUAUUGCGCAUCGCCUUAAAACAAUUGUAGAUUUCGACAAUGUUCUUGUACUUGAAGACGGGAGGGUUGCUGAGUAUGACAGUCCCAGGGCUCUCAUUGAAAAAGGUGGUCUGUUCAAGGCUCUAUGGGACCAACAGGAGGCCUGA